AUGAGCUUAUUAAUCAAAUUAAGGAAGAAUAUUAACUAGGAGGAACAAAAACAUAUAGCAGUAACAAAAACUAUAUGCAAACUUAGUAAGACAUAUAUAGAUAUAUUUAACAGAAUAGAGAGAUAGUUAACAUAUAAUUUCGAAUAAAGUUGUCAUUCCUAUUUUAUAGGUUCCAAGACCACUUUCUACAUUUAUAAAAUCAGCAGUAGAAUUAAAACUAGCAUUGUCAUGUCCAUAAGAUAGAUGUUUGGGUGGUUUACGUGAAAAUCCAUGCACAUAUAAUUAUAAAGUUUGUAGAGUUGACUAAUAUGCUGAUUUAUAUUUUUUUAGUUUAGAACAAUAUGACAGAGAUUAAUUUUCAAAGUAAUAGGUAUGUGAUAUAAUAAAAAAUAUGAAUGAUCAAUAUAGUGAAUAAGCCUUAGAAUGUGUAGAAAAUAGAUUUAAGAUUCUUGACAAUUUUAAAGAUUAAACAUUACUAUCAGAAAUUGAAUUGCUUGAAUUAGAAAAAAUAGUGUCUUAAUUUCCAUUCUAAUGUACUAUAUAAAAUGUUAAUCAAAACAAUAGUAUCUUAUCAUAAAGAAUUUUAAAUUAAAAAUUUUUAGAUGUUAUGGGUAUAACUAAAGAUAUGAUGUUUGAUCAUUUAAAAGAAACUUAAGCAUUACCAACUAUUUUUAAUUUAGAUGGAACUUUGAAAAAUUGGUGUGAACUUGCUAAAUAUUCAGUAGAAGGUAGAGAAUACUUUGAUUUUUAUUUAAAUACUUAUGAAGGCGCAUAAUAUAAAUGCAAAGUUGAAUAGAAAUAAAUAUAUAAAUUAUCAUCUUUAGACCCUAAUUAAAUAAUGUUUAUAGAAUUUCGAAUUAUACAUAUGGAUUCUUCUUUAAUAAACAAUUUAUGUAGAUAAGAAAGAAUUAUCAAAAAUCAUGCUGAUUAUUUUAAUCUUAAAAAUAGUGAUUUGAUAUUAAACUAAUUCAAGACUUAAACAAAUUAUUUAGAUGCUAAAAAUUAUAAAAUAACAAAGCCUUGUGGACAUAAAAAGAUUGAUAAAAUUAUUCCAUCUUGA